UGCGAAUUUCUUAAGGUUAUGACAGGGAGCCGUGCUAGAAAAUCGUGUCACGCCAAACGUGACAAGUAAACACCGUGGUAGAAUUACAUAAAUGCAAAACGAUGUUCGAAGGUGCUAUAGCGGCGUUCUUGAAUAGGUUUCUGGGCAAAUACGUCGAGGACUUGGACACUGAACAGUUCAACGUUGGUAUUUUUUCCGGUGACACUUGUCUGACUGAUCUUAAAUUGAAACCUGAAGCUUUGUAUCAGCUUGGUCUACCUAUCCGAGUAGACGUAGGACUGGUAGGAAAGAUAGUUUUGAAGAUACCAUGGUCCGGAUUGUUUUCUCAACCCAUUGUACUUUGUAUCGAGGAUGUAUAUAUAGUAGCUGUACCUGCUGCUUAUGGUACAUACAAUGCAGAAAUACAGAAGAAGCUGAUGAGAGCAGAAAAGAAAAAGAUAUUGGAAGAUUUAAAGGAAGAUGAAGGGUACAGAACAGAAUUAUUCGAUAACUUAUUGGCAUCCGUGACAAAAAACUUUCAGAUUUCUAUAAAUAAUGUACAUAUUAGAUAUGAAGAGAAGCUAAACGAAUCUCUGUGCGCUUGCGGUAUCUGUAUUCAAAGUAUAUCCGUGAUGACCACAAACAGCAAAUGGAAACCUGGUGUCUGCUCGAGUAACACGAACACGAUUUACCAGUUGGUACGAGCAGAAUCGCUGAGUGUAUAUAUGGAUCACGACACGGAAUCUUCCCUUCCGAGUAAUAAGUACGAUUGGGAUAUAUCUAGCUUUCUAGAGUGGAAAGAAACGAUGCAUAGAUCUCUACAAACUUUUGGUAUGAGGAACAAGGAAUUUCAAUUUCUUUUAAAGCCUUUUACGGCGAAGAUAAAAAUAAUCAUACAUAAAGGAAACGAGGCGCAAACAUCUCGUAUGUUGGUCGAUAUUGUUCUUCAUGAUGUAGCGAUGCAAGUUUCGGAAGCACAGUACAUUACUUUUUGUCAUCUUUAUGAUUCUUUGUUACGCGCAACUAUUAAUCGACCCUAUAUUAAAUAUCGUCCAAACGAAACUGUAAAAGAAAAUCCAUCGGCUUGGUGGAAGUAUGCUUACAAUUCAACGUUAGAGUACAACGUAAAAUCGUACACGUACGCAAGAAUGAUCGAACAUAGGAAGAAUUACAGGAAGUACAAAGAGACAUGUUUGCAAAGUUUACUUCGACCGAACGACACCGAGUUGAAGUUAGAUUUACAAAAAUACGAAGAUUGUUUGACGAUAUUGAAUAUAGUAAUUGCUCGAGAGCAUGCUAGACAGGAAUUGAAAAAUAAAAGUAUCGAAGAGGAAUGUCAAAAUGUGAAUAGUAGCGUUGCGGUGCAAAAGGUCAUGGAAGAUACACAAAAUUCGAAUACAGAGAAUAACGAGACACGAGAAACUAACAAAUUGACUCACCAUAAUAUUAAUACCGGAUCCACGAAGAAAACAAAAUUAGAAAAGCUACUGCAACCGAUCGAUUAUAAAUUCAAUUUCACCUUAGCAAAUUCUUGUUUGAGUCUCCUAACCAAUGACAAAGAAAUUCUCGUUAUAACUAUAACUCAAUUUUUGGCAAGUAUCGAAAUACAGCCUACACUAUCCGCUUUCAAGGUAUCCGCUCGAGCUGAGAGUUUUGUAGUCGAAGGAGUUUCCUUGGAUGGUGAUCUAGUACCCCUAAUUACAGUGGACAAUGUUUUAACAGGAAAUGUAUCGACCAAUUUCUUGGCGAUAGACUUUGAGAAAAACGGAGAAAACGUGGAUCCAACUUUCGAUGUGUCUAUAAAACUGGAACCAAUCGAAGUGACCUAUUAUCACCAUGCCACUAUGGAGAUUAUUCAAUUUUUUAAGUUGAAUAAUGCAAAUAUUCAAACUACAAUUCUGUGGGCAUAUAAAUUAUACGAAUACAUAAAAGGAAAUUUCUUAAUUCUGGUAGACAAUAUUGUUUCCCAAACUCUCCGAAUUAGUUUCAAGAUAGAUAUCAAAGGACCGUACGUCAUAUUUCCCGAGUACGGAUCGAUACAGAAAGGUGGACAUAUUCUUAUUGUGGAUUUUGGUAACGUGAGCGUGUCUAAUGAACUUCAAGCGACCAACCUGCAACUCGAGGAUGCGACCCUUAUGGAAUUGGAAGAAUUACUUUACGAUAGAAUACACGUUAUAUUUUCUGGAGCACAAGUUUUAUGCUGCCAUUCGGGAGACGAUUGGAGGUCAGCUAGGCAAAGAAAGGAUUCCGAACACCAUUUUAUACCAAAGAUACAGGCAAACACAACUAUCUCAUACAGUAUAAAGCCGGAAUACCAUCAACUACCAAGAACUAAAGUGAACGUCUCGAUUUCGAGUAUAAAAUUCAAUUUAUCGGAAAACAAGAUACAGUUGAUCAUCCAUUUCUUGAAUUCAUUAUUGUUGACGUAUCAACAAAAUGUUGAAAAAUACGAUAACGAUUUAGAACGGUACGUUUCCAAGAAGAAUUUGUAUAGGAACAUCGUGUCGAUGAAAGAACUGAAAAAUGUGCAACGCGGCGUAUGUCUGCUUUCGGUUGGAACGCUGCAAAAUAAAUUUACGCAUGUUACGAAGGAACUUUUGACGAAUAACGUGCAGAAACAGAAACUCGAUAGGAGCGUCGUAUCUUCCGAGGUCAGUGAAGAAGACUUGGAAUUACUUUCAAAGACUAUUAAUUUAUCUGGAUUCGACGAUAAUAUUUCUCCGUGCAACCAUAUUAAUUUACUAUUGAGAUUUGCCAUUGGAGAGUUAUCGGUUCACUUGGUAAGCAUAAAUCAUGGAAGAGAAGAGCCUUAUUUAAACUUGAGGUUACACGCAUUGUAUCUUGAAACUGCGAUAAUGCAGUAUGGCCCUGCUAUACAAUUUGGCGUGGGAUCCGUUCUUUUGGUAGACAAAACAAAUGCCGGAGUAACAGGAUCGUACUUGGAAUUAAUAUCUACCGAAGAGCCGCACGAAGUUUUUGUUAUGUCAUACCGUAAGGUGAAAUCGAAUUGUCCUGAUUUUAAAUCCCACUUCAAAAACAUCGAGCGAUCUCUCAUCGUAAACAUAUUGAACGUUAACGUCAAUUUUCACAGGCCUGCGCUAUUGAAAAUAAAAGAAUAUUGGUACAACUUGACCGAGAUUGUUGAAGACAAUGAUCUUUUCAAUUUCGGGGGAAAGGUAUUCCAUAACAUUGUACAGUGGAAAACGAAAGAGGACGAUCCACCGAUUCCUCCUGGCGCAAUUAAACUAAAUUAUUCUGCAAGACUUAGCGCACUCGUUCUCAAAUUCUGCGACAAAGACGUGGAUUUAUUAGAAAUUCAAAUUCAGGGAUUGGAGAAUGAUUGCAUUUACAAUGCCAAUGAGAGAAUGGUUUUACGCGUACAUCUAAGACAUUUGUCCGUGGAAGAUUUAAACGAAGAGACUCUUUAUUCAAAACUCCUCACGACAGACGAGGAUAAAGUUCUCGAUCUAAAGUACGUGAGGCAUAUGCCAAGACUGUAUACGUGCGCUGACAUUGACACGAAUCAGGAUGACGUGAUGUCGGAUGGAACAUUUAAACUUUCCAUUGGAAGAAUCAACUGUGUAAUUAUUUCUAAAAUACUCCACGAUUUAAAGUAUUUUUUAACACCAUUCACUUCAACGUAUUGUUCGCGGUUGAAAAAUUAUGUAAUUAACAAGUUGAUAAAUGGCAUCAAGGAGUUCAAAAGAAGCGCGACAAAACUACAUAUUUUUAUCGAUAUUCAAGGUCCGAUAUUUCUUUUACCGCAAUGGAAGGAUGUUUCGAGCAGUCUUCUAGUACUAAACACAGGUGUUCUAUCGGUUGAAAAUUUUUUCAAAAAGGUCGAACAAUCUGUUCAAAAUAAUAAAAUACCUGGCAGCGAUACGUACCAGUUAAUAAUCGAUAACAUACUGGUGAAACUGAAGAACAUGACUAUAUCCAGAGCGAUUAUGACGCUUAGUCGAGACCUAAUAAUUCAAGAACCAAUCAUCGAAUCCGUACAUAUUCACUUUGACAUCAAGAGAAAAACUGAAUAUCGCAGUGCGAUGGAGUUUCAAACGUAUGGUUUAUUUAACGUACAAGGUUCUGUGGAUACCAUAUACGUUAAUUUAAGCCAGAAAGAUCUUAAAUCUAUUAUAUUGGUGUGGAAAGAUAAUAUUUCGAAAAUAAUACCAUUCAAAGAUGCGUAUGAAAAUGAAACGCAGACUACCAUGGAAAGACAACAGAAGAAAUCUGAUCACGACGACGCGAUGGUGAAAAAGUUGGAAGAUUUUCUUACUCACAAUGAGAAUUCUGUGUGCGAAGUUAAUUCGAAACUUACGCUGGAUGGAUUCCAAUUGAAUUUAUUUUUAGAUUCGGAAGAGGUACUUAGUUCUCCAGUUCGUGAUCUGAACCGUGGCUUAUGUAGGCUAGUAUUUGGAGAGAUGAUUGUUACGUAUGCAUUCUACAGCGAUAAAAGUUUAAAAAUGAAACUGUCUCUGCAAAGUUGCGUUCUACAAGACACGCGGAAAGAUUCUCAUGUUAUAAGAACGAUAAUUCAGUCGCCUGCGAGACUAAUAGGGGUACAACCAGAAUCCUGCAUAUCCGUUUCAAUGUCGCCUAUCGUUGAUAUUGCGUACACAUGUGCUCCAGCUGGAGAAAAAUGUUUCGACGCGCUUAUUCAAGAAGUUAGAAUAAAUUUAUCCGUACCAUUCGUGAUGCACUUAACACGAUACAUCAUGGACUCCCUUCCAAGCGAACAGAUCGAUGAGGGAAUCAUCAAUCAUGGGUACGAAGGCAACAAUCAAACAGCAAGCAGGGACAUAACCGGUGCAGAAAGAGAUAGAUUAAAAUACGCACAAUAUUUUAAGGAAGAACCAGAUGCUUCUAUAUCCGUGAGGAUACACAAGCCAGAGAUCUUAUUCUUCGGAGAUCUGAAAGCAAACAACGCACACGUGAUUCUACUACAAGCGGAAGUGACCAUCGAAAGUAGCAGACACAGCUGUUCAUCGUCGAUUGUCUGCACUCUUACGGAUGUACGUGCUAAAACGAGAAGACAGGAGAAUUAUUCGAAACACAAGCCGUACUGGUUGCUGUGUCCCUGCGACAUAGAAAUUUGCAGGAAAGAAGAAGCGCCUGAAUGUAACGUUCACUACACCGUCGCCGUAAACACUAUUAACGUUCACUUCUCUGCAGAAAUUGUACGCACAUUUAUCGAUAUAUUAAACGAAGCUACAAAUUUUGGUAGCAUUAACUCGAAGAUAGAGGAAAAGUUUCCGAAUCAAGAUUCGAACGUUCACACUAAUUUAUGGACACCAAAGAAAAUAUCAAACGUACCAUAUAAGAAGCUGACCGAUGAUGAUUCGCAUUUAGCUUGCGAAUACAGCGACAGAGUGGUGACUUUUAACUUGAAGCCAUUAGUAAUUUGCUUGCUAUUGGAGAUCGAACAUUUGACGGAAAGAAUUCCUGUUAUAAAAAUAGAGAGUAUAGUCACGGCUUCGGUGAACGAUUGGUUCAACGACUUCAAUUUUGAAUCCAGUAUAAAACUCCACGCGUUUUGUUAUAAUGCAGACUACAAAAAUUGGGAGCCUCUAAUCGAUUUGUGUUCGGAGGAUGACAUAAACUAUAGACCAUGGGAAUUAACGAUAAAGAUGCGCCAUGGCGAAGCGUUCAUGAUAAAUUCCAGUUGGACCGAUCCGUAUCAGCAUAUAAAACAGGAUGCAUUGAAAACCAAAAAGAGAAGUCUUAGAAGCACCGAUCAAGAUAUCACGGACAUGGUUUUCAUAACUCCAGAUAAUUUAACCGUAUCGAAACCAAAUGAGACAGAAUUAUAUUCAACGUACGAAGAAGAUUCCGAUACGGAUGACGACGAAAGGCAAAGAAACUUAACGAGAACGUCUAAUUAUUUAUUUAACAGUAACAGUAGCGGAGAAGAAGAUAGCGAAAGCGAUGAUUCUAGUACAAACGAGGACGAAGGAUUGGAGUUGACACCGGAAUGCAAUGCAGAUUCUUUUGGACCUCUUGGGCGGGAAUCAAUAAAAUCAAACGAUUUAGCAGUUUACAUUACCAUAUCUGCAGAAGACAAACUCAACGUUGUAAUUACCCCUAAUCUAAUAGCCGUAACGGACAUUGUUUUGAAUGCAUUUCAACAAGCUACGAGUGGAAUACCAAUAGUACUUGCUAAUACUAAAAAAUUGAAUCUACAAAAUGAUAUCGGUCACGAUAGUCGCAUAGAGCUUCUCGCGGAAGAUGAAGAUGAUAAAAAUGUUACUCGCGUUAUAACGAGUCAAGACUUUCGUGAUCUUCAUUCACCAGCGAGUAUUCCCAGCAGUCCGGAACCAGAGAUACAAUCUGGUCGCGGUAGUCCACAAUGGGCUGAAAACGAAUUGGAUUUCAUUGAUCCAGAUAUAAAUCUACAAAAUCGUUCGAUGCCAAUCGAGGAGAUAUUUCAAAAUGAUUCAUCGAUCAGGAUAUACAAGACAAUCACUGGAGAAGUAUUACGCGUCAGUUUUCAAGAGUUUGACGAUAUAUUGGUAUACUGUCCUAAAAGAAAAGGUUGCAAUUUGAUUCCACUACGACCUAUCAGACACGAGGUUCGCUAUCAUUUAGUCAUAGAAGCUACAAAUGACAAUUAUUUGAAUCGUACAAUUACCGUGCGAUCUCCCCUACAGUUUCGAAAUGAAACAUCUUACGCGCUGGGUCUUUACUAUAAAAAGUCAUUAUUGGAUAAGCUAGGACUCACGGGUAUCGGCAAACCUACGAAUCCCUUUGACGAUAACAUCAGAAUGACAAUCAUCGAACCUGAUUCUACUUACAGUAUUCCUUUAUAUAUAGCUUAUCACCUUCCUAUACACAUACUGCCUGCUUAUUUAGAAAAGUACCAAGUGAGCGAAGAAGGAAUUUAUUGGAAAGAAUUGAAUACGACGAUGAAUUUAGCUAAGGACAUCUGCUGUAAAAUGAAAGAAGAUGAAAAUCAAUCUGUAUUUUGCGUGAAAAUCUCUUACAAUGAAGUUCCAUUAACGACAAGACCAAGUUGUCAAGUACCGAACUACUUAAUAAGUAUUCACUCCCCUCUUAUUUUCAACAAUCAACUACCAUUCGUUAUAGACGUCAAUAUACCUUCCAUCAACUAUGAACUGAAAAUUGAGCCAGGAGAAAAAAUUAAUAUGCAUUCAUUGAAUUGUAACAACGAUAUUCAAUUUGUCUUUAAGAUUCAAAACUAUUUGGGCGCGUAUUGGACUGGUACCGCGAAGCUAAACACGAAUUUAGAAAGAAAAUUCGUUUUAAUGACCGCGGACAGCGAAUCAGACUCGACGAAGCCGUUUCUAUUAUGUAUAGAAUUGUGUAAAAUUACGAGUUGGCAUAUAGUUAUUCAGUCUCAAUAUUGGAUGAUAAAUAAAUCUGGAUUGCCCUUGUUCAUUCAGGAAUGUCACUCACAUACGAUCAACGAACUACCAGAAGAGGAACUGAUAAUAUUCUCUCAGAAAAAUAAUAAGAAGGGUAUGGUAAAAUUGAAAGCUCACCAAUCCGAAUGGUCUUUGCCAUUCGGGCUAGAAGGAAUCACCUCGAUGUCUUUGAUCGUAUGCAAAGAUACGGAACGUGGACGAAAAUAUAAAAUUCUAACAGAAAUCGAGAGUUCCCGUCUUUCGCCAAACUUUACAAAGAUCAUAACGUUUCUACCUUACUUUUAUAUCAGUAAUCAAACUAAAAGAACAUUGAGAUUCAUGGAAGAGAACGAUCAAGCGGACUUGUGGAACGAUCUUCCGUCUGGAGAGAGCAUGCCAUUUUGGCCAGUCACGGAAUCGAUGAGGAUGAGGAUAAAAUGGAGGAAUAGCCAGUUGGUAUCUCAACAUUUUAGUAUUAAUCAUAUAGGGAAGACGAUAUUGAGAAUGGAUAACGGCUCGGCGAUCAAAGUAGAGAUCGAAGGCGGUGUCAAGUCUCCGUUCUAUGUGACAUUCCAAAAGAGCAUGCCAGGCGAUAUACCCGUAAGAAUAGAUAAUUUUUGCGAUGAUUUAUUUUUGAAAAUUAGUCAACAUAAUUUAGGACAAGUAGCUCUUAUAAAUCCCUUUCAAAGUCUCUUAUACACUUGGGACGAUCCUACGAAACCCAGGGAACUUAUUUGGAAUGUAUAUAACAAUAAAAAAACUGGAUACAACGCUAAAUUCGAAAAGGACGGAUCUGGACAAGAAAUCGUGCCCCUUGCGAUCGUAGAUAAAUGCAACGGUAUACCAACGUCUGCAUCUUCCUUAAAACAGCAGAAUAAUAAAUCGACAUGGUUGGAAACCAAGUCUGGAAGUUUCAGCAGUAGCGAAAGCAACGUCUGCGAUGACGAUUUGAAAUCAUCCGCGUUGAAGCAGGCACAAACAGACAAAACGAUAAUUUAUUGGAUGAGCUACAUGGAAGGCAACCAGCGAGUUUUAUUAUUCACCCAACGUGAAACAGUAUUUCUAAAAGCGAAGAAUAUCAUUGAUCCCGAGUCUAGCAAAAAGGAGAUAUUCCUUUCCUUUGCUGGUAUUGGCGUUAGCGUCGUGUCAAAGUCUAAUGAAAUUCUAAAGGAAUUAGUAUACGCGAAUAUAACGAAUUCUGCGGCUCAUUGGGAACUUUACUUUGGCAGAAAAUGGAAAAGUUUAUCCUUGGAAUUAAGCGCUUGGAUCGAAAGCAAAUAUGUCAAUUCUUGUAAAAAGGCACAGCUAGAGAACUUGAUCGAUGUCGACCUUGCAAAAAUGCACAUGACUAAGCCGUUCUUUGGAAAGUUAAGAAGAACCUACUCUCCAGGAAUAUGGUUACACUGCAGAAAAUCUAUAUCGUUGACUUAUUUGCAAGGCUAUGUGCAUAGAAUACAGGUAGACAAUCAAAUUCGCAAUACUACGUUCCCAGUAAUUCUAUACUCAAACUUGCAAAAGAGUAUUAUUAAUCAUGCAGGGUGCCAUAAAUUGAAACAUUCUAUAGAAUUUGCAUGUUUGAAACAGAAGAAGCGGAAUUACAAUGUUUACAAAGGUAUUUGUGUUAUAGUCAGAGAAUUUGACCUGAAUUUACAGGAAGGUUUCCUUUUGUCUCUGAUCGACUUGAUUCCAAGGAAACCAGAUACUAAAUACUCUAUUGCCGCAAAAUUGAGAAAGGACGUUUCCAGCGUUCAUAUUUUACCUCCCAGUAAAAGUAAUUAUAAUUCAACUAUUAAGAGGAAGAAUGUGAUAGAACACAUGUAUAUUUCUCCGAUCUUAAUACGCUUAAUAUUGUUGGCUGAUACAGAGAGACCUAAUAUUUAUAAUAUUAGCGAUAUUGCAGAUUACAAGAAUAUCGUCAGAUUUAUUUUUGAAUAUUCUGAGAAAGGAGGAUCUGAGAAGCAUGCUGAAUUCAGACUCCCUUGUUAUCAAAGAAGUUUUAUCACUGUUGACAAUACGGAACUUCUGUCGGAUCUUUCGCGAUCUUACGAGGCUCAAACUAUACAGCAAUUUCAGGUUUUAAUUCGUUCGACUACCGUUUUGGGCAAUCAAUACGGUUAUAAUUUUCGAUCGCCGGGCGAUAAUUUUUACGAGUCUAACACGUUGAUCUUGUGCGGAGAUGAUAUAGCAGAAAAAUUAAGCCACGAAGUAGCAUGUCAAUUGGGCUACGCCACCGCGGACACUACACAAAACUCAGUUUUUAAUUUCGACUUCGAAUUUGGUGUAGUUUCCUCUAAGAUAAAGGAGCCAUGUUUUCAAAAUAAGGAUGUACCUCCUAUGAAUGCUUCGAUUCGUACCUCGUUUUCUACAGAAAUUGAAUUAGAGACGUGCAGCUUGGUAACUGCAUUUAUAAAUAGUAUUCAACAAGAAGAGUUAAAAUAUUUCUUCAAGACGUUGGGAAAGAAAACAUCAAUAUUUUUUAAUAUCGAAAGUUCCUCCCUCAAAGUUUAUUCGAAAGUGAUACCGGAUAUCAUAAAAAGGGCACAAGAAAUAGGUCAUAAGUUUAUAUCCCGGAUACGCUUACCGCGUUAUGUUAAUCCAUACAAGGGAGUCGAGAUAUUCUCGGUGCAUAAAGCAAGGGGAAUGCAUCUUCUAAGUAUAAUAAAUAAGAAUCCUUGCAUCGAGACGGAUACGUAUUGGGCGCAUACUGCGCUUUCUAACGAUGGAAAACAUAUAGUUCUCGUGUCGUUGCAACGAUUAUAUUUUAUCGAGAAAGGAUGUAUCUGGGGAUCUUUGAAUGUUAAAUGGACUCUAGAAACCCAUCAAUUGCUGUCACCCCCAACUGUAGUUAACAAUAAACUUAUUCUAAAUGUAAACAAGAACGGAGAUACUUUGUCACCUGUAGCGGACUGGUAUUUGGAAAGCGAGGCGACAGACAUUCUGGAGUGGUUGUGUCAAAAAAUAAACAUAGCCAUGAUCCUGAACAUGGAGAAUAGUAUAUGUUCAAAGCAUGUUGUGUAACUGGAAUCCAAACUAUAAAAAAAAAAAGAGAUCAUUGUAUAUUUAAUCAGGCACAAUAAAUUCUCUGACGAACGCAGUACUUUUUCAUUUAUAUUGAAAACCAAUACCUAAAAAGCAACAUCGUUUCCUACAAGUACAAUUGUUUCAUUUUCAACUUUCGUAUAGUUCAGAAAUCUUCUACGCCAUCACAAAUUUAAGAUAUUCAAGUAUUUCAUACUCUCACAAUAGUUGUUUUCUUCCCUUAAGUCGCUAUAUCAAGUUUUGUUUUCAGAAAGUUUAGACAUAUAUGUAUGUAUGUAUACAUAUAUCUGCAUAUUAUAUAGUCAUUUGGAUAAAGUACGUCUAGUUUAUUUCAUAAUUUAUUUACAAAAAGUCUUAGUAAAUUACACUUACAGGCAUCUCCACUCGAACUAAAGUAAAUAAUUUAAGAACUACACGUAUUUAGAUAUCUAUAGAGUAGGAUACUUUGGGGCCAGGGAGAAGCUGGGAUCAGGGAAAGUGUUCUGUUUAACUUAUUUACCUCAUCCUCUGUGUUUUAUCAUUUUCUUUCAUCCUCCUCUCACCUAAUUAUCCUCAAACAAAGUCGAAUCUGAUCGUUUCUUUUUAUCCUUUUGUUUCUUUUUCUUUUACGUACGUUAUCAUCGUGAGAACUGAAACACCGUUCACUCGUUUAAUCUGUUUCUACAAAAUGAAAAAGGAAGUACCGGCAUGGAAGGUGCGUGAAUGCAAAUGUCGUCGACUCAACGAACGUUCAAAAUUAGUGUGGUAUUUUUUUUUUCUCUCUCUCUUGUUUUCUUUUCUUUACAUUAGGUAAAUGUAUAUGUAAGAAACGUCGAAAUAUGUGCAAAAGCUGACAAUGGGGGAGGGGGGG